AUGUCAAUCAACACUGUCGCAAUCAUAGGCUGCGGCGCAAUCGGCGCCUCAUGGUCAGCCCUCUUCUUGGCUCAAGGUCUCAAAGUGCAAGCCUUCGACAUCAAUCCCGCAUCAGAAACCUAUCUUCGCAACUUCAUCCGCGAUGCCCUCCCCGUUCUGUCGUCUAUCGGCCUAGUCCAGAACACUGCCGCCAAACCAGAAGAUGUAAUCUUCACAACAACAAUGUCUGAAGCGCUACGAAAUGUAGACUUCGUUCAAGAAAAUGGUCCUGAGCGAAUUGAUUUUAAGCGCAAGCUUUUCCAAGAGAUGGGAGAGAUCUUGGGCGAGGAUGUCAUUAUUGCUACUAGCUCUUCUGGUUUGACUUGUUCUUCUAUCCAAGAGGGUUUGACGGCUGAGGCUAGGCCGGAACGAUGUGUUGUUGGACACCCGUUUAAUCCGCCUCAUCUCAUUCCUCUGGUCGAAGUCGUCGGCGGCGCACAAACAUUCCCCGAAACCAUCACCCGCACAAUGAAUUUCUACACAGCCAUGGGCAAACAACCAAUCCAUCUCAAAAAGGAAGUCCCCGGCCACGUCGCAAACAGAAUCCAAGCAGCAGUCAUGCGCGAAGUCUUCCACAUUCUCCAACAACAAGUCUGUGACGUCCAAGACAUCGACGACGCAAUAUCCUACGGUCCUGGCCUCCGCUGGGGUGUUAUGGGACCGAAUACACUGUUUCAUCUAGGUGGUGGGGAGGGUGGUAUUGAGCAUUUUGCUGAUCAUUUGCUUGGACCGCUUCAGACGUGGUAUGCGCCUGAGAAUCCGGUUGUUGAUGAGGGAUUGAGGGAGCAGUGGAUUGAGGGCACGAGAAAGGCUGUUGAUGAGAGGGGGUAUGGAGAUUUGGUUAAGCAGAGGGAUGAGGAGCUUGUUAGGUUGUUGAAUGUUAGGAAGGAGUGGGAUGAUUAUGCUAAGAGCAAGUCAUCAUAA